UGCUAAGCAACCGCAUUAGGCCGCGCUGGCGGGGAACCAGCCAGCGCGCUCCUUGGCCGGGCUCCGGCUCGCGCGGCCGGAGAGCCUGGGGAGGGCGCGGCCCGUGGCCCUUUGGCAGAACAUACCAGCACAUCGAAAACAGCUGGAAAAGGGUCUCUCCUUGUUCACUCAGCCCCACCAUUUUAUAAUUUGUCUUUCCAGACGGAUCAACAAAAACGUUUGAUUGGUUCAUCUAGCCACUAAACCUUGCGGCCCUGAAAUAUAUUGCUUUAUGCCACGUUCCUAACUGCAUUUACUCAAGGGCUCUUUACCCCUUUGUUGCAACGGAAGCAACUGAGCCGCUGCCCUCAUGGAGGCACGCGACACCUUGAUGAGGAAGAGCUUCACUGUGCUGCAGGAAAUGAGUGAACGGAAGCAGCGGCAGCAGCAGAUCAAUCCGAUGUGGACGCCUCCAUCUAGCGGCAAAACCAUCUCCAGCAAAGCAGGCCAAGCAGUCAGGGAGUACUACGAGAAGCAGGCUAAGGAACAGCUGCCGAGCCCUACAAGGUCUCCCUACACGCCCGAGGUGGAGGAACUGCGGAAAUCCUUCCUCAUGCGCCCUGGGUGCCCCAGGUACAGCCACAGAGCUACUUCAACAUCUCGCCUUGGGAAUGAGAUAACCAAAGUCCACCUGCCUUGUAACAUCAGCACUAUAAGUCUGUCCUCCCAGCUCUCAUUGGAAGAGUGGAACAUGAUAUUUCAGAGACCAGAUAUCUUUGAGUCAAAGAGCUACCUCAAAUAUUGUCCGGCCUCAUCUACUCAGAGCAUGCUUGGGUUGCCUAAGUGGAGAAGUUUCACUGAGGGCUUCACAGGCAGUGGCUACCCGAAAAGCCAAAUCCUCAAAGGAUGCAGAAUCCCAUGGUACGUCAGUCUGCUGCAAGAAAAGGAUACAACUUUGCAAAAGAUGGAAGCGGAACUCGUCCGCCUUGCCAACUGCGAAGCAGAGAGCAUCCGGAAGGACGACGUGAUCUCAGUCCUCCGGGAGGAGCUGGAAGUGAUGCAGAUGCAGCUGGACCAGGCCCAGCAGGGGGGUGAAAUCACCCCAGUGGAGGUUCCUGUCCCGAAGGAACUGGAAGAAAAAAUUAUGCGGCAAGUGAGCGACCCGAACCUGCGCAGGCGAGGUGUCUCUCUGCCGGUCCUUAUGCAGCAGAAGAGCAUCCCGGAAGAUUUCCGGCAGGAAUUGGAGCGGUUGAAAAUGGAGCUGGCCCAGUCAGAUAGACAGGUGGACUCCAAGGUGGAGCUCCUUAGCAAGACACUGCUGAAGGAUCAGAAUGAACUGGAGCAGCUGGAGAAAGAGUACUCUGAAAUACAGGAAAAGGUACGCACAGAGGGCGAGGAAGAGAUGCGUGUGGAAAGUGGGUCUUACGAAGAAAUGCAUAUGGAAGAAUCAGACGAGGAGCUCCUUUUUAUCAAGCUUCUCGAGUUCCAGAGGAUGAACGACGAGCUGUAUGACGAGCUGGAGAAAGUGAAAAGCGAUUAUGACAUGGCCACAGGCGCUAUAUCUUCCUUGCAAAGGGAGCUGUCCUUUGAGGCUUCCCAGCUCCGGAAAGCUCACGCAGAACGAGAAUUAUUGCAGAAGGAGCUGAGGGAGCGGGGAGCUCAGCUGGAAGCCAUGUCUAAUAAAUUUAGCAACUUGAGAGAGGAGAGGAAGCACGAAGAAAUGAUGGGCUCCAUCGAGAGAGAGAAUUACAAACUCAGGCAGGACCUCACUGAUCUGGAAUCUAAACUAACUGACAAGAGCCAGAUGAUUGAUGACUUGCAGAGCAACGUCAACCGUCUCCAGGCUGAGCUGUUACUGAAUCAGCACCACGUUGGGAACCAGCUGAGCCAGCAGAAUGAUCUGCAGAGGCAGCUGGAGAUCCUGCAGAGGGCAGAGCAGCAAACCAGAGUCAUUCUGGAAAGCAUCAGUGCCAGGUUUGAAAGGUUUCGGAGCAGAAUCAUCCAGGCAACUUACAGCACCCCUGGCACCAAGUCUCCCCAGGCCGAAAUCACAGAUGACGAAGUUUUAGAGUCCUUGCAGAAAAUAAUAACAGACCGUCUAGACUUUUACCAGUUGCUGAAACAGAAAGGGGUGAAAGUCCCAGCUCUGGGCGCCGCUGAACCGCCCCCUCCAGUCACUCCUACCUCUAAGAAAAAGAGUUCCAGCAGAUAGAGAUUUGAAAGCUAAAGUCUCUCUCUCUUCACAUUCUUUCCUAACUGGGGUUUGAUCCAUUCUUGGUCAUCUUUUAUAAUUCCUUUUCCUGACUCCAAUUAAAUGAUUGCACUUAAUGUUUAGUUUUUCUCUCUUACCCACUUGCCGCGUCCUCUUAUACUGCAAGAAACCUGCUCCUACUAGUGCUGUAAGAUGCUAAUAAUUUGCAUUACCACCAAAGCAGUCAUGUCAUAUCGUUGCAAUAUAGCUUGAAGACUCAACAGUAGCAACUACUUCCAAAAACACGUUAUUUAUUUUAAUUUUAUUGCUAGGGGCCUCGUACCUGGUUUUGCACAGGAAUUCUAUGACACACACACACAAAUCAGUGCAGUUUUUAAAUCAGUGGUUGAAAUCAGUGCAGGGUUCAGCCCUCCAUUGUUAUUCCAAAUGGUGUCUGGCUGUAUCCAGACAUGGACGAAAACUUGCUCCUUCAUCUCAGGAACCAUCGUGCCAAAUUUGUGACAAUAUCUUAAGAGGUGACUAAAUGAACAGACAAGCAACUUUCCAAAAUAUAUAGCAGUCUGCAUUCAUGGCAUAACCUUGUGGCAAGAAAUUCUGUAAGUUUUCACUGUGCAUCAAUCUGACGCAAGUGUAAAAAUUGCUCAGGAAUAACCGUUCAGAUGAGAUAUAUUUAUAGGGUUGUAUCCAGUUAAAUCCUAAUCAGAGCAGACCCACUGAAACGAAUGGAUCUAAGUUAGUCAUAUCCAUUAAUUUCAGUGAGUCUACUCUGAGUAGGACUAAUGUUGGGUCCCACCCUUGAUAUUGAUGGGAUAAAUAUCAAUAGGAGGCCAGGUCAUUCAUUAUCUGUGUUCAGUAAGGCAUCAAUAAAUGCACAUUUGCUCUAUUCCGUGACAAGAAACACACAUUUCAGUCUGCCUUCCUGGUUUUUAAUUGGUUCCCAGCAUCCAAACAUCAACAAAAACCACUGCCACCCCCCUUGGGAACCCUCAUGCAAAGUUUGGUGACAAUAUCUCAGGAGGCAGUAUGAACCCAUGCCAAAAAAUGGGUGAAGUCACACCCAAAAUGUUUCAGUCCGCUAUGUUAAUUCAAAAUGGCAUCUGGAGUUCAAACAUCAAUCUUAGAAACCUUUGUCCCAAGGUUGGCAAUGGUAUCACGAGAGGUGGCCAAACCUAUCCCAGUGAACGGGAAAAGUCAUGCCAAAGUGAUGGCGCGCGGCAUCCAAGCAUUAAUGUAGAUGG